UUACUGAGAGUUACUUCACUUACAGGUUGUUAUCAUUCACCGAUGAAGUGAGUCGGUUAAAACAAUUCUCGACUGAAAGUCAUUCUUUUCGUUUGUUUUUUAUUACGUAUUUAAGGAAACAGACCAUUUUGUUUUCAUCCUUCCGGUGCGAAACAGUGUUAGACAGCCUUUAGAUCGUAAAAUGGCCACGUAAACAAAAUAUAACAACAACUACAGGGAAACCGCUAACUAACCAACUAACUGUGUGAUUAAAACAUCAACUGAUUAUUUUUGUGUUGUUUCCCAAUUCAAACGCGAUGGCUCAUGCGGGUAAAUUUUUCGUGGGAAUCGUUAUUGUUCUUAUUUUUUCCGAAAAAGGAAAAGCAAUAAAAUGUUAUCAGUGUAACAGUCACAAUGACACCAGAUGUGAAUAUGAGAAAGUACCGGAAGACCUGUUAAAGGACUGUCCUAUAAGAAACACAGUAGCAAACAAGGAUUACAUUUUAUGCCGUAAAAUAAAACAAAGUAUCGAUUUCGAAGUAAAUGGACUACCUCCGGAUUCCCGUAUAAUUAGAUCGUGUGGUUUCAUAGAAGCGAAUUACAAGAACAAAUGCUACCACAAGUCGGGUUAUGGCGGCCGGCAAGAGGUCUGCGCAUGCGACUCCGACGCCUGUAACAAUGGAAAUGCAUUGUUUGCGUCCAUCUUUACGGUAGUAGCCGCCAUAUUCUCCACCAAACUUUUUUAGCAGCGUUUUUGUGACCAAAGACUCGUGUAAAUUAUUUCGAACAAUAAUGACCUGUUUUACACGAUAAGGUACACAAUAGGUACUGUUAGAUAUUAAAAAUUAUCAAAAAAGUUCUUUUCUAUUCGAAUUAAUAGUACAUACCGUUCUUAGGUUAUGUAGUAAUUGAAUCAAAAAUAAAUAAUAAAUAAAAGUUGUACCUU